UUUGUAGGUGGUGUAAAAAGUGUUGCGUUGUGUUGACAACUGCCACCCAAUACCAGAGUGGCCACAGCCCAACAACAACAACAACAUCAUCAUCAACAAAGCCUUCACCUUUCCCCUCCAACGUUCCUUCUCUUAUUCUCUCCUUCCGAUUCUCCUCAAUCACCAAAAACCCAAACCCCAAAAACGUGUCAAACUCUCUCUCUGAUCUAAAGGAUUCAGCUUUACCCGCUCCCGCUUGCCAAAGGGGCUUGCUGGAGAUCUCGGCAGAACUGAAUCGGAGCCGGAAUCUGGUUUCGGGCGCUGAGCAUUUGGAUAAUUUGAUCGAUCUAAAGAAUGUGGUGGAUGAUGGGUGAAGGAGGAGGUCCUUACUGCUCUAAGAAGACUGACGAUUACUGCGCUGAUGUUUGUGGCCAGGAAUCAGGUAGACUACUAAGCAUGUCAAGAGUCCGCUGCAUUCUCCGUGGGUUUGAUAUAAGAGCUCUCAUCCUUCUCAUUAUGCUUAUUCCGACAUGCAUCUUUGGCAUAUAUGCGCAUGGACAGAAGAUCUCAUACUUCUUGCGGCCACUAUGGGAAUCACCACCCAAACCUUUCCAUGAUAUCCCACACUACUAUCACGAGAAUGUGUCAAUGGAGAACCUCUGCAAACUUCACGGUUGGGGCAUCCGCGAGUACCCUAGGCGUGUCUAUGAUGCUGUGUUGUUCAGUAAUGAGAUGGACAUCCUUACAAUACGAUGGAAAGAAUUGUACCCCUACAUAACGAAAUUUGUUCUCCUGGAGUCAAAUUCAACAUUUUCUGGAAUUUUCAAGCCUCUGCAUUUUGCAAAGAAUCGGGAGCAGUUCGAUUUUGUUGAACCCCGGUUGGAAUAUGCGACAGUUGGAAGAACAGCCAAGAAAGGGGACAACCCAUUUGUUGAGGAGGCAUAUCAGCGGCUACAAUUGGACAACCUUCUCAAACUUGCUGGUAUUACUGACGACGACUUGUUGAUAAUGUCGGAUGUUGAUGAGAUCCCAAGCAGACACACUAUCAAUCUCCUGAGGUGGUGUGAUGAUAUUCCUGACGUCCUUCAUCUUCGGCUGAAGAACUAUCUUUAUUCCUUUGAGUUUCUUGUGGACAAUAACAGUUGGAGGGCCUCAGUACACAGGUAUCGAGAGAAUGUGACCAAAUAUGCGCAUUUUCGCCAGACAGAUGACGUCCUGGCAGAUGCAGGGUGGCAUUGCAGCUUUUGUUUUCGCAAAAUCAGUGAGUUCAUAUUUAAGAUGAAGGCAUACAGUCACAAUGAUCGUAUCAGAUUUAAUAAGUAUCUCAACCCUAAAAGAGUUCAGGAAGUAAUCUGCAACGGAGACGAUCUGUUUGAUAUGCUUCCAGAAGAGUACACAUUCAAGGAAAUCAUCGGCAAAAUGGGCCCUAUUCCUCAUUCCUACUCAGCUGUUCAUCUCCCAUCCUAUCUGUUGGAGAAUGCAGAGAAGUAUAAAUUCUUGUUGCCUGGGAAUUGCAGAAGAGAUAGGGAGUGAGCUUAUCUUUCCAGUAAGUUUUUGAUGUCUGCUGUAAAGAUAGUUGGUCAUGCAGCUUCUGUGACUCCUCAUGAUGGGUUCAACCGAACAACGAUGACUGUGGUGUAUCGCUGACAUAGCUGUCCCUCAUUCUCAGCUACAUUUAUAUCUCAUUCUUUGGAAAUGUUUCGGGUCUGGACAGACUUCUGGGUAUUUAGGGUAAUGUUGUGUACAUAACUUUUACUGGAGUUCUGUUUAGUAUAAGGUGGAGCAUGCCUAUCUACUGGAAUGGAAGCUGCGCUUGAAUCAGUAGUCACAAGUCUUAUGUUCUCUUAGCUUUGAGAUUGCAUGCUUCCUGGAUAUACUGAACUUAUAAGUACAAGGGUGCCUCCCCUUGUUGGGAAAUUUUGCUUAUGAGAUAAUAUUCGUUUAUGCGGUGAAACUGACUUUCUUUGUGACA